AUGCCCCUGCAGCAGCAUCGGCACCGACUCACAACAACACCAACGACGACGAAGGUGAGUGGGCCAAAUUCUGUGAGGAGGUACCACUUAGAUGAUUCCAGCAUCUAUACACCUGCCACGACCACCGGUAACGUCACUUCAGACCUCCUCACAGACCACGCCUCGCCGAGCUGGGUGCCUUCACAUGGAUCUACCGUCAUCAUUCGCUCUACCUCAUGCGGCAAUGUGCUCACAUUGCUUGAUGGACACGUCGUACUAGCCCCGCCUGGCGGUCGUGGAUCCAUCUUGUGGACGUGUAUAGAAAGUGAAGGCUGGUUUGGAUUUCGAGACGCAGUCUCGGGUAAAUUCAUAUGCCAUGGGUGGGAUGGGAGACUGAAGUGCUCGGCACAGCAGCAUGAUGGUUGGAGACACUUCACUAUUACCCCGGUACCAAAAGGAGGCUACAUUAUGCAAAUGCUGGAUUGGUGGACUCUCCGUCCUAUAGUGAUCAAUCCUCUGAACGGGUUACAAAUGCUAGGGAGGACUGGGAACAAGCUGUCAGAAGGAGUUGUAUGGAACUUUUUGGAGAGUGGGGCCGUUAAUGCUUAA